AUGAAUGUCAAAGCAUCAAAUUUUGGCAAGCGACGAAGUGAAAGAAUAAGAAGAAAGAAGAAGACAUUAUUUCAUAAAGCUUUUCUCCUUGGAAAGGAAGACGGCAUUGAGAUUGCUAUGAUAGUUCUACAGCAGGGGCGAUAUUCCACUUAUAGCUCUAUAAGUAAAGACACCUGGCCCCCUUCUAUGGAAGAAAUUGUAAGUGGCCUAGCACAAGUUCGAAAUUUCUACUAAUAUAAUUUUAUAGCAAGACACGUGGCCAAUUCCAAAGAGGCUGUUUCCGCAGGACUUCGAUAA